UUGUAGUUGCAUCAUGCAUUUUAUAAUUUUAUUUUAGGAAAAUAGGUAGAAAAUGGCGGAUGACGAGCAAAGAACUUUGGAACAAGAAAUAGAGUUUCUGUCACGUUUGAUACAAAAUCAUGCCAAGUCGUCUUCAAUGCCAUGUAGUACAUCAUUUGUUCGAAAUCCUUCCACUAACAUACGCUGUAGUGAAAAAAGAGUUAAAAAUUGGAUAAUACCUGGUAAUAAUAAGUGUAUCCAUAGAAACUUAAACUCAAAUCACUCCUUAUAUUACCACAAAAAAGAACAUCAGUAUCUUCCUUAUCCUUAUAGAAUUGUGAAUCAUAAAGCUGAUCAUGUAAAGUGCCCUGACAUGUCUUCAAGGUCAUCUGAAAUUAUUGCCAAAAGUAGAUUUAAAUUGGUUAGGCCACCAACUUCUUCUGUUGCAUCAUUAACACCUAUUACCAUACAAGGACAUAAACUUGCAUCUGAAACAAAAACAAAGGAACAGUCAACUGUACCUUCUCUUUUGGUAUCUAACAACAGCACUUCUGUUGUCAAGAAAGCACACAAAAUGUCUUUGAUAAACAGCACUUCAGUUUUAUCAUCAGCUUCUGUUGUCAAAAAAAAAUUUCAAGGAGCUAAAAGCCAAGCUGAACCAUCUUCCAUGAUAAUAAGCAGUCCAAUGUUCCAGAAAAAACAUCAACUUGUUUCAGUCAUUAAUGAUCAUAAUAGAAAUACAUCUGUAUCUGUGAUGAAAACAUUAAAAUUUAGGAAAGAUAGUUGUGUAACAGAUUUUAAAGAUAUCACUAAAUGUAAUAGAAGAAAUACUGUUUUUAAGAAACAAAAUAGUAUUAAAACUCAGUCAAAAAAUACUAUGCAUGUAAAAGGUAAGGCAAGUUAUGAUGAUCCAAAGGACUUGAUAUGUUCUUCGAAGAUGUUGCAAAAAGCUGUUUCUUCUAAAGAAAACCAGUUCCUUAAUGAAAAAUUCCAUAACGAUAAAAAACAGGAGUAUUACCACAAUUUGCAAGGUUCAUCGAACAGAAAACUAACUAAGCAGUUAAAAGCUGCAAGAACACUUGUUAAACAACCAACCACUAACAGAGCACCUAUAGUACAACUAAGUACUUCUAGAGAAUUUGUUACACAAACAAGGUUGAUCAGAAAGUGCAAGUUAUCAGAUAAAACCACAAAACUGAUUAGAACACCAUUAAUUAGAAUCGUAAAAUCAAAGUACAAAGUGAUAAAUGAGAAAGUCCAGCAAGGAAGGACAAGUUUUCAGAACAGGAAAAUAUUGUCACCUGUAGAGAAAAGCAGAUGUGACUACAAGCCAGUUGUAAGGAGUAAGAAGAACAAGUCACACAUUAUUGGAGGUUCAACAUGGAACUGGAACAAGAAGUCCUUCAUGUACAAGAAACGGACAUGCCAAGCUCAUCAUCAGAUACUCAAGCCAACUAGCAAACAUGUGUAUAAAGGAUAUCAUAUGUUUUUGAAGAAUAAAUUCAUCAGAAAACCAGAUCACCAACAGAUUUCAAGAAAGAACCAAACAAAAAUGGUAAUUAUUGGUGGCUUAAUGUACAGAGCAUCCAACAUGAAGCUUUCUAGGGCAGUGAAACUUAAUGGAAAUAAGAAACUGGGUCACAAAACGUGCAAAUUACUACAAAGAGGAAAGCAUUCUAAGUCGCAGGUGGUGAUUGUAAGGGGAGUAAGGUAUCAAAUGGAUCCCAGUGGUAGGACCUUGCAGAAAAUCUCAAACAUGAAUUCUGAAAAUAAAGCAUGGACAAAGGAGAGCAGUAGAAGUGUACUGAAAAGAAUUGAUCUUGGUAGGGCCACAUAUGUUCAGACUAAACCUGGUGUUCUUACCAAAACUGGGUUCUGUGAAGCCAGAAGUUUUGCCAGUCAAGCAGUAUCUCGUAGUAUUAAAUGUGUGUUGGAAGCUUUUCAAAAGAAGACUAAAAGAAAGACAAACCAGUAUUGUAUGUUUUUCAAUCGCUUUGGGAAGUGUCACAAGAGAAACAUUUGUCCAUACAUUCAUGAUCCUGAAAAAGUAGCUGUAUGUACAAGGUUUUUACGAGGAACGUGUAAGGUUGUGGACUGCCUAUUUUCCCAUCAGAUCUCUCCAGAUAAAAUGUCUGUAUGUUCUUUUUUCCUUCAAGGCCGUUGUAAUCAUGACAAGUGUCCAUACCGUCAUGUAAAUGUCAACCCAAAUGCUGAAAUUUGUAGAGACUUCUUGAAAGGUUACUGUCCAGCCAGAGAUCAGUGUAAAAAGCAGCAUGUACUAUCUUGUCCUGAGUUUAAGAAGACUGGACAGUGCCUUAAAGGUAGCAGUUGCCCCCUUUCUCAUCCAGUGAAAUCAAACAUGAAGAGUACUUGGCCAUCCAUUCCUCAAAAAGAAGAAAUGCCUUUGCAAGUCCAAGACAAGAAAGAAAUAAAGCAUUGUCAAAAAAGUAUUUCAGAAAGUAAAGACUCCAUUAAAGAAACAGAGGAUGAAGGAAUUCAGCCCCCAAGCAAACUCCCCAGGUUACCUAGUUAUAUCUCUCUUGUAGAUCAUAGCAAGAAAGAAACACCUGAAUCAGUGCAGGACACAAAAGCGGGCAAAGGUGAGUUGUCUCUUCAGAUCCGCCCAAACUUCCUUGUCCGUUUCACUCCUGCCUUCAAACACAAAUAAAUCAGCCCAACUGACAAGCUUGGUAUUCAAUGAAAGGCGUUUAGAGCAGUGACUUGUGGAAAACAAAAAUCUGAAAUGCUAUUUUUUUUUUUUAAUUUCCAAUGGACAAACUAAGAUGACAAAACAUCUGCAACUAAGGUGAUUUUAUCAUACAUUUUGGGCUAUUGACUGCAUCUGUUAUAUCCAAGAAAAAUUUAUGUUGCCUAAUACACUAAAUAGAAAUUCAUUUAUUUAUAUAUAUCUAGCAGAUAAUUACAGAAAGUUGAUGCCCAUGGUAUUAGACCCAUUAUAAUGUGGCUAACUGUGAAAUAAAGUUGCAGCAUUACAUAAUAUUUUAAGUGAGAAAACAUUUGUUGUGUUUGAGUAUAGAUAGUGUUUUUAAUGUACAGGUUGAAAAAUAUUACAAAGAAUGGUAAGAUGUUAACAGGAUAGUUUGAAGGAUGUAUUUAUAGCUAGUAAACAUACCUCUGCUAGUUAUCACAAUAUUCACAGUACAUUUCUAAAUGGCUUGGAAAAUACGCUUAAGUGUUACUUGUUUACAUUUUAAAGUAGGAAGACUUCAACACUAAGUGUUAUUUUCAAAUAAGCCUUCAUAGUUAAGAAUAAGAUGUGGAAAUACAUUGUACAUUUAAUACAUCAAGGGAAGUCUUUAUAGAUGCUUCUUUACCAUCCAUACCCCUGGUGGCUCACUGAGCGGUAAGUAUGUUGGCUUAGAACCCAUAUUGUGUAACUUUGUUUCACAACAUAUAAAAAUCUUUAGCUUUACUCCAGAUAGCAUUUUAAAGAACGAAUAGCAUUAAUUUUACUUUAAAUCAAUUAUACGAGCUCUUCUAUGUCACCCGCAUACUUUCACGUUUUUGUUAACUUUAGAAUUUCAAUUCGAAAUUUGUGUGAUAGUAAUGCUGUGAAUAAUUAAAGUAGUGUUUCGCUUUCACGUAUAAGGGAAUUAUUGUGUGUCAAGUGUCUAUUGUAUUAGCGUCGUUUGUUGAAAUCGUAUGUAAGCAGUUUUUUUGUUUUUUAAUCAGUAUUCAUUAUGAGUUACAUGUAUAUAGCACACUAAGUGCAGUUUUUACGUCUUACAGUAUCGGUGAGUCAAGCAAGAGUCCAUUAUCAGAGAAACAACUUGAUUGUGUAGCCUAAAAUAUGUAGUUAGGCCCGAGUCCGAUAUUAUUUGUAAAAGUGAAAUAUUUUUUCAAGUGGCUGAUUAGUUAUUUACGGGUUGUCAAACCAUUUUUUGCUCGGUCCUCCUUUGAAAAUAUUUCAGGUUGUGAUAACUACACCUCUUCACACACAAAGGGAAAGCUGAUUACUGUACGUACUCUAAAAUAUCCUUUAUCGCAUUAUUUUCAUGAUCUUUCUAUCCUCCUAAAAUAGUCUUGCGAAUUCCUUUAUGUCGCAGAAAACAUGAAUUAUCUACUGGUAGAUGUAAGUUGUUAAAACUUAAAAUUAGUAUAUACAAAAUCAAAUAUAUAUAAACAUUCUAAAUAUCUAGGGCUAAUUAAAAUCAUACUAGGUUUCUUUUUAAAGAGAGCAAAGUCCUUUUUGCUAACAUUAGUAAGACACAACCUUUUAUAAAAAUAAAUUGAUAAUUUUAAUUAAUAUCGAUAACACAGGCCUGCGAAUUGAAACUUCAUAAAAGUUGUUUUGGUUUUAAUAACGGAUUUCCCAUAAUUCAGCUACGCAGAUUUCGAAAAAUAAUAUUCACUUCUUUUUAUCUCGUAAGGAUUUUUUGUGAAUCAGGAAGAAGAAAAAACUAUUACUUAGAUCAAAUUAUUAUUUCGUUUACCACAAUGAGCAU